GGACAAUGUGGUGAAAAAAGCAGGCGACCACAAAAAGGGUUUUUUUGCGAUGAAUGAGAAUGGUAGAAGUGUGUUUCUUCAUUGACAUUGUGAGCAUGCUGUUCCGGAAGUGAAGUCUACAGCUUGCUACUUGUCGAGGAGCGAGAAAGUGCCUCUUUUUUUGUUCGCGCGGUCUCUGGUAAACAGUGUACCGGCACUGUUUUUUUGAGGGGGAGCCUUAGUCUUACUGACGUAUCCGACAAGAAAUAAAAAGUGUAGUUGUAGUUUCUUUCGACGCUCUCAACAUUCGCGCCGUCAGUCAAGUCAUGCCUUCCCCCGCACGCAACCGCAGUCGGAGUCCACGGCGCGAGCUUGUCGGCCGCGGGAUCUUGGAUGAACUGAAUCAGCUCGCACAGCAGGAUGUUGACCUGGCCGUGCAGCCCGGGAGUAGCAGCAGCAGUGCCACUAGCCAAAAUAACAGCUUCUCCCCAUCUGAGUUCCUCGAGUGUCUGAACGGCGCGUGGCGAUCGAACGAGAACGGAUCCUUGGUCCAUAUCACGAACGGGCGCACUGUCAAGUUCUCCUGGGACGCCGCCACGAAUGAGCCUAGUAUUCUGGAACUGUGCUCGACGACCAAGCUGGCCGCACUAAACACGAUCUUCAGCGUCAAGCUGGACGGCGGCACGUGGACGGCAAAUGGCGUGCGGAAGGACAGCCAAGCCAUCACCUGGCACAGUAAGGACCCAACACACCCGAAAACGCCCAUCAUCUGGCAGCGGACGACGGUGCCAGCAAGGGACGCGAUCAUGGCGGAACAGGUUGAGCAAACGAUUUCGGCGGCGGAGGAGAAAGCGAAGCAAAUGUUCGAAUCUCUUCGGCGCGACAUGCAGUCCUCCCUCGCUUCGGACGUGGUGCCGACCUGCAAAAUUUGUCUGGCAAAUCCUAUCGGUGUGGCGUUGCUGGGGUGCGGGCACGUGUUGUGCACGCAGUGCGCCGAGGAGCAGUGCCGACCGGGGAAGCCCUGCUUCGUGUGCAAAAUACCCUAUCACGGACGGCAGUUGUUGUUCUUUUCUUGAUGAUGGAAUUCGCGCCGCUAAGUGUUGAUUUUUUUUUCGCCAGUUGGUUCUAAGUUCAUGAGCUUCGAUCUCUGUAGAGCAUUGAUUUAUCGGCUUCACUGCCGGGGCCUCGCAUGCGACCGACCGACGCCAUUUGAUAUGAUAACGAUGCCUACGUAGAGUGACCAAACUGAAACAAUAGUCAGUCUGUUCCUGUUCUAAAGACCAAUUGAGUAUCUCCGCAGCACUGCUGUGCGAAGUAGUUUCGCCAUUCGUUGUAUGGUUCGCAAGCUUGA